AUAUUGUUCGUUUAUGUUUGUAUGUAUAUAGUAUAUUCCUUUGAUAUUCCUAAAGUAAAAUAUUUUAUUAUCUUUAAAUAAAUAUUUCGGUAUUUUAUAUCUACAAAUGAAUGAAAAAAAUUUUAUUUGAUUUUGAAAUUUCUUUUACACAGUAAUUAAUAUUAAUAUAUUAUUGAUAUUAUAAUAUUUUUGUAUAGAAUAUAAAUUUCAAAUUAUUAUAAAUCUGUAAAAGAUUAAAAAUAUAACUAUAACGAGAAUAUUUUUAAAUUUAUGCUAUUAUUUUCUGUAAAUUAAUAAUUUAUUAUAAAAUUAAAUUAUGAUUUAAAUACAUAUAUAAUAUAAAAAGCACUUGUUAAAACUUACAAAUUAAAAAAAAAAUUUCAAAAUUCAUAGUAUCGAUACUGAUACUUACAGCCCUGCCACAGAAGAGCGAUGGCGCCGCUGAACGAACUACCGGUUGCAGGAACAGAGGCAGCAGCAGCGGUGGUGACGGCAGUAGCGGCAGCAGUAGCAACAGCACGAGUCGCUCUGCGUUUGCCGUGAAAAUUCGUGAGUGGUCCGCGUGACAGUACUCUAGAGGUUACGUUAACAAGCUGAACGAUGAUGUCAAAGAGUUGGUGCCGCGUGAUUCGCGCGAGAUCGAACCAUUCAUCGAAUUGUCAGUGAAUCAUUUCGUUCGCUGUUGCUUUUUUCCUUGUCGUGCGAAACCUCUCUUUCUGUUGGCCAAGAGGGAUAAUAGGCCGGGCCUAUCAGCACAGUAGGAAAAUGGCGGCUUGCCUUGCGCGGCGUAGACGACGAGGGGCAACAAGGCUCUUCGUGUAAAGUAACCGAACAUAAAAAAAAAAAUAACCUUUCGUUUCCGUCGAUUGUUCGUGGUGUAAAUUGUGUAGUUUGUGUUCAAUCAUUGACGUGCUAAACGUGAAAACGACAAAUAACAGAAAGAGAGAGGGAGAUAAAAAAGAGAAAAAGGAGGGACCUCGUUAGCGCGAAUACCACGAGUUACGAGAUGAGAGCGGGACGCGAGGAGAAACGAAGGGAAAACAACACGAGAAGCGAGUAACGAAGAACCACUGUGCGUUCCGUUUGUGCACGCGUGUGUGCUCGCAUGAGAGCGAGCGGCGAUCAACGGUGACAAGUGUUCCGUCGACGGGGAACUUCGCCUUAGCCCCACGUCGACAAGAAGAUGAUAUUCCGGGCAUCGAGACACCGCCGUGGCUACGUCGAUCGCGAUCCUCGUGCCGCCGUUUACUGUCGUCGCCAUUGAGCUACGGCCACUUUCGCGAAAAUUAUUUUUUUCGCGAGAGAACAGUGAGGCCGUGGACAACGGGACGACAACGACGACCACGACGAUCACGAGACGAAAAGUUGGAGGAAGAUGAGAGGCGCGUGCGACGGCGGCAUAGCGAGUUUUCUCGCUCUGGCGCUCCUCUGUUUAUUCCACACGUCAUGCCUUGUGGACGGACUGAAGUGUUACUGCGAUAUUUGCACGGAGACCAAUCACACGUGCGAAACUGAUGGCUAUUGCUUCGCCAGCACCAGCUUGGAGAACGAUGUGACCACAUAUGCUAAGAGGUGCCUCGACCGAAAGCAAUGGUUCCCACCGGAAGAACCGCAGUCCUGCAACAGAAAGCGGGGUAUCUAUCGGUCCAGCAUCUGCUGUGAUAAAGAGUACUGCAACAAGAAUAUAACUCUGGAGUUACUAUCUCCCAACUCGCCUGAAUUAUCCUCAGGAACGACUAGGAUCCGCUACAACUGGCUACCCCCACAUGUCAGGUGCGUGAAUAAACAGCUGUCGUCGUCGCAGCCCGAGCCGCUCAUCUUCUGCAUGACGAGCGACUCGCGAAACACGACCUUUGUCAUCGAGUGCUGCAAAGAGGAUUUUUGCAAUCGGGAUCUGAAACCCCAGCUCCACCCUCGCAACAAAGUGGCGGCGGGUGAGGAUGACGCGGCGUGGGUCACUUGGAAAAUGGCCUUGAUGAUAGCAAUGCCGAUAUGCGCCAUCUGCGUGGUGGUCAUGGUCAUUUAUCAUGUGCGCAAGACUCCAGAAAGGCCCGGAAAUAGCGAUGACUCGCAAGAAGCACCGGAUCGACCUAUCCUGGGCAGUGUUACUAUUAGGGGUAUGCUGGAAAUGACUACCAGUGGUAGUGGCUCAGUAGGCCUGCCGCUUCUGGUACAGCGAAGCAUAGCACGCCAGAUUCAGCUGGUGGAGACGAUCGGAAAGGGUCGGUUCGGUGAGGUGUGGCGUGGUCGUUGGAGGGGUGAGAAUGUUGCUGUGAAAAUCUUCAGCUCGCGCGAAGAAAGGUCUUGGUUCAGGGAGGCCGAAAUUUACCAGACGGUGAUGCUCAGGCACGACAAUAUCCUCGGAUUCAUUGCUGCCGAUAAUAAAGAUAAUGGUACGUGGACCCAGCUAUGGUUAAUCACAGAUUAUCACGAGAAAGGUUCGCUGUUCGAUUAUCUGAACAGAUCUACCGUGGACACGAACGGUAUGAUCAGGAUGGCCUUGUCGAUUGCUACCGGGCUUGCGCAUCUUCACAUGGAGAUCGUCGGUACUCAAGGGAAGCCCGCCAUUGCUCACAGGGAUCUCAAGUCGAAGAACAUCCUUGUGAAAACGAAUGGCACAUGCGCGAUUGGCGAUCUCGGAUUGGCUGUCAGACAUGACGUAAUAACAGACACUGUCGAUAUACAAUUGAACAAUCGGGUCGGCACUAAACGAUAUAUGGCACCCGAGGUUCUCGAAGAGACGAUAAACAUGAACCAUUUUGACUCCUUCAAGAGGGCUGACGUGUACGCUCUCGGGCUGAUCCUUUGGGAGAUCGCGAGGCGAUGUAACGUCGGCGGAAUCCACGACGAGUAUCAGCUGCCGUUUUACGACUUGGUGCCUUCCGAUCCGACGAUUGAAGAGAUGCGUAAAGUUGUGUGCACCGACAGACAGAGGCCGUCGAUACCGAAUCGGUGGCAGUCCAUCGACGUACGUGCUACAUUCCUUCAUCGUUCUAUUUUUUCUUUCUUCCAACGUAGAUUCCAUUUUUCAUUUUUUCCUUUUUUUUCUUUUUUUCUUUUUUUCUUUCUAGGCAUUGCAAGUGAUGUCAAAGGUGAUGAAAGAAUGUUGGUAUCACAACGCGGCAGCUAGGUUAACCGCGCUUAGGAUUAAAAAAUCUCUGGCCAACUAUGGCGCGAUGGAGGACCUGAAGUGAAAGAAAAUUGGCAAUCGAUUAUCGAAAAAAAGGAAAAAAGAAAACAAAAACGAUCGUUGACAAUUACGAAAGUGCUCGAAACACGCAUGGACACUCACUCUGACUGUAACAUACUUUUAUCGCAAUAAAACUUUUUAAGUGCCGCGUUACUAUGCGCGAGAAAGGGAGCGAGAAUAUGGAAGAGAGCGAGAGCGAAAAUGAGAGAAAGAAAAAUGAGAGAAAGAGAUUAAGAUAUUCAGUCGGUAAUGAGAAAAUUCUAAUAGUUGAAGCAGAGAGCCUAAUGAAAGACUGGUUAAAAAAAAAACAAAAAACAAAAAAAAACGAAAAAAAAAAAAUCUAGACGACGUUCCUUUAAUCGCGUUGACUUGAUCGAGUCGUACCCUAAUUUCGAGUAUCAGCUUGAACGUAUAAGAUAAAAUUAUUCUAUGCAAAAGAGAGGCCAUAGUCGAACAACUCAAGGGGAUAUUUUUUUUCUCUCUUUUUUCUUUUUUUUUUUUUUUUGUUUUUAAGGAAAGACACGUUAACGAAUCGAUAACUAACGAUGGAUUCGUGGAUAGUCGAUAAAGAUGUAAAAACACGAGGGGUAUCGAAAGCAUUUUCCAUCCGACGAUCGAUCGAUCGAUCGAUCGAUCAAUUGAAUAAAAUAAAUGGAUGAAUAAACGCGCGCAAUGGCGUUCGGUUAAUCGAAUGUGAUGAUCAUGUCUGAUUACGUGAUCACCUCUGCUGUAUAUUUAUUAAUAGUAAUGAUAAGAUAAUGAAGUAUAUAUAAAUUUAUUAUAUAAAUAUAUAUAUAUAUAUAUAAUGACGUUUAUUGAGUAAUAUUUUAAUGAAUAUUAAUAAAAUUUGUAUAUUAAUAUAUAAACACGUAUAAUUAUGUAUUCGUUAUCGGGCUAAUCCGAUUCGAUUAACCGAUCUAACUUGUUUAUCGAAUAGUUUGUAAUUCGAGCAUCAUUUCAACCGAUUUAAACCGAUUAUUUAAUAAUUGAUUGAAUUAUCGUGAAUCAAUCAAUCGAUCGAUCGAUCGAUCAACGACGAUUCCUCACGGGUAUUUUUGCAUACGAUUGACUUGAUGAGAAAAACAAAGAUGGCCUCCACAUUGGAGUAAAUUUUUAUACGUUUCUGCUCUUUUUUUUUUUUUUUUUUAUUUAUAAUUUUUAUCGUUUUAUCGUUUCGAUUUAUUGUCAUCAAUUUUACCGGUGCAUCCAGAGACUGGCUUUCCUUUUUUUUUUCUUUUCUUUUCUUUUUUUGUUUUGGAGCAUAUACCAUACACACCGUGUUACAAGAGAAAUGCAUAUCCUUGUUUCUCGUUUUUGCGAUUAAGCAGAGUCGAGUACUCUGCACGUGUAUACAGGGUAGCUAGAAAGAGCCGAACAAUUUAUGGUUAUCGGAUAGAAACGACCACAUAAAUAGUUCAACUAUAUUCUGUGGUUCUGUUUUUCUUCGUAAAAAAAGAAAUUAACCGAGAUCGACGUAAACGCGUUAAACCGAGAUGAAAGAAAGAAAAUGAAAAAAAAAAAAAUGCAUUUUUCCUAAAAACUUUUUUUACAAGACCUUUUUUUUUGCCAACAACUACAAAGCAAACAAUACUUUUCGAAUAACUGAUAAUUUUGCAAUAAUUCUUUUCAAGGUUUUUACAACGAACGACUUUUUCCAUCACAACUUCCGGUUUAAUUUAACCGUAUAUUAAAUAUACAUACAUACAUACACAUAUACAUAUAUACGUACAUAUGCGCGCAUGCGCGCUUACACAUAUAAGUACAUACAUAACACGACACACUCACUCACACGCACACACAUAUUCUUAGCGUUAGACAUACCCAAAUGUUUUGCUCAAGAUGAAAUAUUUUUGCGUAUUAAAUCGUGAUACGCGAACUGAAGGCAGUGCGUCAUGAUACGCGGGACUUUCGAAGCGUGUUUCCUUUGUAACACAGGAAGGCUGAAAUUGAAGGGUGCUAAGCUCAAGAAUGAAUGUAUAUCAUUUAUGGUAUGAAAGGCAGAUUGAGCAAUUGAGGGAACGGAAGAUAGAGAAUGGAAGAGACAGAGACUACGAAUCUAUUGACUGAAAGGUAGCGAGAAAGAGAAAAAAAAAAAAAGAAAAAAUAAAAAGGUAGGAGAGAAAUGAAUGUGAAUUGAUAAAGAAAAAAAAAAAAAGAAAAAAACAAAGAAAAAACAUUGGAGAAACUAUAUUUUCGGGAAUUUUUUCAUGGAUCGAUGAAAGGAAAACAGAGAUAGAUAGAGAGAGAGAGGGAGGGAGAGAAAGAGAGAGAGAGAGAGAGAGAGAAGCAAUUGAGAAUAAUGAUAACAGCUUAAUAAGCUUCAAUUUAUAAAUACGCUGUUUUCCUCGAAUAUUCUUUAUUAUAACUUCGAUUUUCCACGUGAGUGAUAUUUUAUACGUUUUUCAUUUUCAAUUCGUGUUUUUAUAAAGUGUAAUGAAGAAUAUUCGAUUUAUAACAUUAUCCUCCUUAAUUAAAAUAUCCUAUUCAAUAUUUUCCUUUUUUUCAACCUAUAUCUGCAUUUUUAAAUUUUAUGGUUUUUUUAACUUGUAAAAUUUUUUAAAGAUCCAAUUUAUUUUUUUCAAUAACGUUUUUUCCUGAUUGGAAAAAUAAUAAUUUUAAAUAUUAGGAUUUUAAAUUUUAAUUAAGGAAGGCAAAACACGCGUAUUUCUACGCGUUACGGUUGAUGAAAAGCAAUCAUAUGAGACGGAUUUGUGUGAAUGUAUAAAUAUUGUCAAAGGAACGAUUAGUAGUGUGAGUAUGGUAUAUCUCUCUGUGAAAAGUUAAAAAAAAAAAGAAAAAAAAAGAAAAAAAAAAGAAAAAAAUAAAAAAAAAUUACGUUUGGCGAUCAUCUCGGUCAUGAUCCUAAACAUGAUUCGUUGAAUUCAUCGGUAAUGUUGAAUAAAAAGAAAAAGGGAAAAAAAAAUAUUAAGCGUUAAACUUGCUGCAACGGAGCGUGGACGAUUUUAAAAAUUUAAAAAUCGCGAAGAUUGAGCCGAGAUAUUGAAGAAUGAUGGUACACAAGAAAAACGGAACUGUAGAAGAGGAAACGAAGAGGAAGAAAUGGAAGAACAGUAAAGACGAUCGCGCAUUAAGGGAAAAUUGGAAAAAGAAGAGAAAGAGAAAUAUCGUUGUCACCAAUAAUCAACGUAUAAAGAAAAAGUCUGCGAAUAUAAUUAAUUAUUGUAUAAAAGAACGAGGUGGCAUCCUAUAUAACUGUAUUUUUAUAUUGUUUUUUUUUUUACCAACCGUGUCCUCGACAAGCGGACGUCUAACUGAUUUUUUCUCUUCCGUUUUCUAAAAGAGACUUUUUUAAUCUAUUCGAAACCCAGAUGUCGGGAUCCGUUUAUAUUAAAAACUGGACGGCGACAAUUUCCAAUUUGUCGAUGCACUUUUUAUAUAUAUAUAUAUAUAUAUAUACAUAUACAUAUAUAUAUACAUAUAUAUAUACAUAUACAUAUAUAUAUAUAUAUAUUAUAUGUAUUAUAUAUAUUAUAUAUAUAUAUUAUAUUAUAUUGUUAUAUAAUAUAUAUAUAUUAACCUUGUCGAGACUAGUGUUCUUUUGAAUGCGAUAUAUAUAUACAUAUAUAUAUAUAUGUGUGUAUAUAUAUAUAUAUAUAUAUAUAUAGUAAAGUAUGAUAACUAUAGCAUGAAAAUGUUUUGUUACAUUUUGAGAACACGAAUGAUUUAACAUAUUCGCUGCCACUGUCGAAACUAUCCAUUUGUACAUGUGAUAUUCCGUAUGUUUCGACAAUACUUUGACGACAUUUCGACAAUGCUUCGAUAAUAUUUUGAUAUUGCAUCAAUAGGAAUCGAUUACCACUAGAUAUUCAUAGUUACAAAAGAAAUAUCGAUGUCACUCUUCAACACAUUUACUGUUACUAUCGAAGCAUUGCUUGUAGAUAUACACGGAUUACUAUAUACUACAUCAACACAUUCACACCAUGGCAAUGUAAUUUAGUAUCGUAUUACAUCUGCGCAUAGAAGGUUCAUUGUUGGUGUGAGCAUGUCCGUGUAUUGAUGAUUUACAGAACUAGCAAUAGGUGGCGCAUGCCUUUAAUAUUUCCUUGACGGCAGCGAACGUGUUAAUACAAGUAAGUUUCGUUCUAAUUUUUAUAAUAUAUCCAUCGACACCGAAUACGGGUAUACAAUCCAACUAAAAAUUCAUAUAUCUUCGAAAGGAAGCAAUCGUAUCGUAAUAUCCAUAGAUAAACGAGACAAAAUAUUCCUUUCUCCUCGGCUAUCGACGAUGAUAUUCUAUGUGUAAAAGUUAUUAGUCGUUUAACCUUCACCGACCAGAGAGACACGUUGCCACUUUCGUGGACGCUGCAAUUUACCAAAAGACUGAACGAUCUAAUGUUCGAUUAUAGUAGGUAAAAUGGAUUUUACGUAAUCGAGGAAAAAGAAAAGAAACGAAAAGAAAAAAAAACUAUGAAAUAGCCGGUGACCGCGUGACGUGUCCAGCUCGUGCAACACGAUUCGCGGCCUUUUUUUUUUUUUUUCGAUAAAAAUAAUGCUACUACAUCGUGGAAACCAUAUUUUUUCCACCAUGUUCUUCUCAUACACAUUCCUAUUGCGAUGUAGGUUAAUUUUACAAUGUAUAAAUAACGAUACAUAGAAUUACUUGCUGCAUCGAUGAAGUUCCACGUAUGAGAACUGGAUCAGAAUUAUUACGUUUCUCGAAUCCGCCACGGAUGUGGAACUCCAUCGACGAUCCUAGCCCCGCAGGUGUUUCCAUAUUACUAGUACAAUUUUGUGCCAAUAACAGAUAUCGAAUGUUAACUAAAGCGCGCGCGAGAGAGAGGGAGAGAAGGAGAGAGACAUAUAUUGAUAUUAUAACAUAUACAGAAAUAUUCUGACACGCGCAUGUAUGCGCGCUUUUUACACUUUCGUUCGAGAGUACAAUGUCUUUUCGGUUUGACUUGUUACUUGGAGGCGUUACCUGUUACCAGUGCUUUUUCUGACUGCCCCGUUUUUUGUAAACACGUUUUAUAUAAAAGUGUUACAUUAGUGUAGACGAUUCGAAAGAUUUUAUGAAGUAGAGAAAUAAUAUAAGGAAUUUUAAGAUAGUUGUGAUAAAUUGUAUAUAAAUAUUUAAAAAUUCUUUUUUAAAAUAUAGAUAAAUAAGGAUGCCUUACAACUUCAAAUGAUUCUUUCAAGAUUUUCUCCGUUCAAUCACUCCAAUUAUUUUUAGAAUUUAUCGCAACCUGUUUUAAAAACUCCUGUAUUCGCUCGAUUGCUAUCGAAUCUUUCUAGAUUUUAAUUGUAGUAAGAGUAAGAUCCGAUACGAAUGAUUGACAUAACGUUGUUGAGAAUUUAUUAUCAGUGACAAAAAAUACACAGCGAUGAGUGAUGAAAAUUUAAUAAAAAAUUACAAUGAAAAUUUUAAAAAAAUUAGAAGAAAAAUUGUUCAACUAUCAUGAAUAUUUGUAAAAGUACACGUACCAUUAAACAGCAACGACGGUGCGUCGUUUGAUCCGUAUCGGAUUUGAUAGGACCUAACAAUUUCUCUGUCCAUUCCGUCGUGUUCAGAUUAAACCCAAAAGAUAUUAUUUUCUCUCGAACGUGACCAUAUCUGCCGCCGUCACAUUUCUAAGCGAUCUUCGGUGGUCGGUGGAACAUCAAACAGCCGAGGAGAAAAGUUAAAUCGUCACCUGGGUUUCGAAAACAGUCUGAUUCAUCCGACAAGCACCGAACUGCCAAAUAGUAUAUUUCACUCCCUAAACCCCCUGUAUAACACUCUUCUUUGCUCCCUCGCCGUUUAAUAAGCGCUUUUCCAAUCCCUUAAUCCCCUAACUUGUACAAAAUGAGAGAAAAAGAGAGUGAGUGUGUGUAUGUGUGCACGCGUAUGUGAAAGAGAGAGAGAGAGAUGUAUUAAAUAAAAAUAAAAAUAAUAAUAAUAAUAAUAAUAAUAAUAAUAAUAAAUAAAUAAAAGAAAGCGCAAAACGUGCAAAACGUGGCGUCGUGUUAGAAUGCGAGAAACCUGUACCUUCGAGGCGAUAUUAUAGUCUAGUAUCGUCCGCUUUUAGUUCAAAGCAACGUUCGACUUUAUUUUCAGUUGCGCGCGCAUCGACGGUGAUGAAUGAUGCGCAAAGAAAAAAUUUUGUAUCUGCGCCGUUCCAAUAGAAUAUUCGUUUCACGUGUUGAUAGAUCGAUGAAUCGUUUGUUGAUUAUUGAAACUUUUUUUAUAUUUUUUACGAAUCCGAACAGAAUUUUAAAAGGAAUGAUCGUAUAAUUUUAUUUUAUAAUUAUUACCGUUGUCGAAAAUUUCAUUCGAUAGAUUUUUAACGUAUAACAUAUUUUAACAUUUUUAAUUUUUAUUAUUAACUUUAUACGAUUUCAUGCAAAUUGAUCUAUUUUUCAAAUUUAUAUAUAUAUAUAUAUUUAUAUAAUUAUAUAAAUUUAAUUUAUAUAUAUAUAUUUAUAUAUUUAAUUUAUAUAUAUAUAUUUUUAAAUUUAUUAUAAAUUUAUAUAUACAUAUAUAUAUAUAUAUAUUUACUUUCUGAUAUUGCAUAUAAUAUUGUAUAUAGAUAUAAUCGAUUUCACGUUAUACAACACGUGAACGAAUAUUUUAGAAUGUUAUUGUAAUUUUUAAAAGUUAAUCAACUUGAAUGUUGGAACGACGCCGCGAUCCAGCUUUUAUUUUUUGCGUUACGUAAUCACGCAAUAAUUCCGCAUUAAUAAUUUGCACAUUUAGAUUUGCAAUGUCAUCCGUUUUCUAUUUGCUACUGCAUUUUUAGAGAGAGAGAGAGAGAGAGAGAGAGAAAGAAUUGAAAGAAAUUGGCGUGAUUUAUAAAUUUGCGAUAGAUUAUUCCUGCGUUAUCAUUCACUUGUCUUUAUUAUUGACGAUAUAGUCAAUUUUUUUUCUAUAAUGUAAAUUUCUUCAAAUUUCAUUUUAUCUACUCCACAUUUUUUUCGCGAAUUUCAUUCCACGAGAAGAAAUCAUUCAAUUUCAUUUUUAAAAUUUUUUUCCAAAUUUUCUGUAACAAUAUUUUUAAUUGCUCGAAAAAAAAAGAAAUUGGAAAUAGAUCGAAACUCGAAUUAAAAAUUUUUCAAAAUCCAGAAUACUUAUUUUUCCUUUUUUUUUUCAUCUUCUAUUGAAAAAUUAUAAAUUAAUAUUUCUUCAACCAAUGGUAAUAAAAAAUUUCUAACUUUUUGAAUUUCAAAUUUGAAUGAUCCAUUUCUAGAAAAAAUUUUAUUUCGAGUUACAGAUUCAGAUUUCAUUUCUUAUUUCCUUUUUUUUUUUUUUUCCUCUAUGUAUGCGUGCAUGCGUGUGUGAAAGAUUUAUCUUUUUUCAUUUCUGCUGGCAGUCAAAUAUUUGUUUCUUUUCAAAUUUUUCGCGUUAAAGAAUUAACAUUAAUCAUCGAAGCGACACUUUGCUUCUCCGCUUUUGUUGAUCGCGUUGUUUUAUCGAAGAGAGAAAGAAAUAAGAAGAGGAAAUAAAAAGAGUACCUACCGUUAUUAAAAUUAAUUAUUAUUAUAUUAUUUUAUAUUAUUCGUUUAUCACCGUAGCGACGAUCUUUUCACUUAUCGUUUCUCUUUUUUCUUUUUCUUUUUCUUUUUUUUUUUUCUUCAAAUGUAUUAUAACCCUGUACAUAAUGGUGUAAAUGUUUAUCAACGACUUACGAUAGGACGAGCACUUGUAAUUUUCGUAAUGACGAAUGGGUGGAUUGGUGGAUGGUAUUUUUAUUUUUCUUUUUUUUUUUUUUUUUUCUUUCUCAAUUUCAACGUAUGUUUGUAACAGGCACGUAACUAUUUUCAAAUUUGACUUGUACGAUAGCGAGUUGAAAAAUAUAAACGUGUCGCUAAUUUGUAAAAAAUUACUCGAUUAUGCGAACCGAACCGAUCGAGUUCUUUUGUAGAGCGUAACAUUAUAGUAGAUGGAUGAAAAAAAGUGUAUUUGCUAAAUUAAAUGAUCAUUUUUGCAAAAUUUUACGAUGGUUACGAUCAUUGCAAUUCUUUUAAUCUCUCGUCAGAAUCCUCGACAAUUGAACGAAUGUACUUUAAAAUUCUUAAAAUUUUUUAUUUUAAAUCUCAGUCUUGUGUAUAAACAUUUUUUGAUAAACAUGAAAAAAAAAACAAAUUAUUUCACUUCCACAAUUAUCUCGACGAUCUAGAAUCAGCGAUACGUUUAUUCGAUAUUCAUAUCUGUCAUAUUUCAAAGAGAAAUAAUUAUAAAAAGAAACAAUCAUUGAAUAAUGAAAGGAGGAUAUUUGUUCGAUCAUCCAUUAUCAGUGUAUGAUACGUGCCUGAUGAUAUGGGUGGAUAUUAAUACUGUUAAUAGAUAUACGUACCUAAUGUUAUUAAUUAUUAAUUAACGAUUGAUUUGUAAUUAUAACGGGGCCACGGAAUUCUCGAGGCUCAUCGCGCGCGAGUCCGCGGUUUCACAGCUUUUUUUCACGUGAUUAUCUUUUUUACAAUCUCGCGAAACAACCUAAUCUUUUUCUAAAAAAAAUAAAAAAAAAAAAGAAAAAAAAGGAGAAGUGUAAAAGAAUGUUUAAAAAAGAAAAAAAAAAAGAAGAAAUAUCGAAGAAAUAUUGAUCGUUGAGAAACACAGUUUGGUACGUGACAAUGUAUUAUUCGACGCUGUGGUCGCGACUCUCGCGAGAUUUUCGAAGCCUCUUGCGUUGCGUUGUCCACGCGGACCCUACUAAUAAACGCCAUAGCGGUCUGAGAAGUAAUUGGCUCGAAUAAAUUAAAUUUACAUUAAGAAUC